UGGAAUUACAGUGGUUAUGAAUAAUGACAAUACCGUACUUCAGGAUUUGAAUGGUAGUAAAGGAAACAAAAUCAAUGCAUCCAAAAUAUAAGCAUUAUAAUUUUUUGUUUAAUCACCAUCAGUUUACAUGUUUUGAAAAUAGAAUAGGGGAGGUGUGUGAGAAGGAACAGAAAAAUUCUAACACUGUUAGCUUGUAGGUUUAUAUAGUAACUAACGAAGUGUAUAGUUCAUAGAAUUGAAAACAUGCUCAGUGUGCUGAAAUCACUAAUAUCGAUGACUGGUCGUAAGUCAUUCAUUCCGGUAGUGUUUUGGCGAACUCAGCUGAAUUAUAAUUGUUUGCUUUUGAGAUGAACCACUAGAAACACUGGGUGUAUUAUUGAGUAAUCUUAAAUAAAUGCACUUCGCAGUUCCUAGUACUGUGGUGUUAUUUCUUAUGUUUGGUUGUUUUGUAUAACGACAGUAACUAGUACAUUUCGGUUGUUUUAUAACCUUAAUUAAUUGAUUUAAAAAUAUUGCAUUGCUUAAUUUUUUGAGCUCCUUUCCGACGGUAUUAUUCGGAGUAUAAACUUAAUUCAUACACGAUGUGGGUGCAGUUUUCGCUAGAAUGUGUUCAUAAAUAGUUUCAGCUCUAAAUAAAUUCAACUCCCAGGUAUUAUAGAAGUAUUUCACUGAUUUGGUUCUAAUUUUUGAAAAGUAAAAUAGUAAGUUUUAUGCCGAACAUCCGGAGGGUUUUAAUGUAGUCACUGUAAUAAAAUGUGUAUCCUUUUUAUUUCAGCUGAAAAUAUCUGUAUUUGAUUGUGAAACGAUGGUUUCUUUUUGUUGAUGCGUAUGUACUGUCAAACAAUCAUCUUCUCUUCAGGUGUCUUAACUGUUUGAUUGCAGUGGAAUAUUUUUUUCUCUAGGGUGCAUAUCAUGGAACUUAUGUUCGGCGAAGUUGAUGAAUCACACAAUGUUUUUCUCGAGAGAUCAAGUCCUGUGACGGAGGUCAAUAACUGUGUUAGUCAAACAAAGAAUAACGAAAUCAAGGUGCCCGAUAAUAAUGAUAAUGAAACUUCAGGAGGAAGCAAUAGUGUAUUACCCCAUAAAGAAAGUGGGAUACAGCCUUCUACUUAUCAUGGUAAAAAUUUGCUGUCAAAUGAAGCCAGACCAAGUGAAACUUAUUCUUAUGAUUCUGAGCAACAGCAUAGUAAUCUCAGACCGUGGAAGCCUGUGGACCAGCGAUUUACUGCUUUGAAAUAUGCAUGCGAUAAGCUGUUAGGUGAUAACUGUGCGCUUUAUGAAUAUGGUCCUAGAUGGCAUGUUGAUGUAGACGAAGCAUCGAAAAGUAAUGGGCCUGUUCGUACAACCCCUUCUCUCAACAGAAGUGGUAAUUUUGGUGUUGAUUUGUUGAAACCACAGUGUUGGCAACCUACAGCUGAAACAUACAAUAAGUGGAGAGCGAGGGUUCGUGCUUUGGGUAAUUAUGCAAAAUGGCACCAAGGGGAGUUAUUUAUACACAACUUUGGACCCAGCGAUCGUCAGUUGUUUAAUGAUGCAGUUAUGAAAUUUGGUCUUCCACCACCUGGUAUUAUUCCGCCCCGAAAUUGGCUUCCAUCAGCUUUACAUCAUAAAUCUCACCUUCAUCUCUUUGGUUAUGUGGACUUAUACAUGAAGCAUCUAUGUGAUGACCGAUAUGCUUUAGAUGAUUCGAAAGACACAUGGUCCGAUGGUUUACCUAAGGAACACCUGUGCGUCCCUGCUGUACUAUCACGUGUUGCAAUGCUGGUUCUUAUUAGAAAUAAAGUAUUAGAAUAUGAAGAUAUUAACGGUGCAAGAAGUAUUGCUACUGAUGAUGAAUAUUCUGAAUUUAAAUUUAACAUAGAUGAAGGUGGCUUAUCAUUAUUGCGUUCUAUGUGGAAUGAUGAAUGUGCACAAAUCAACAAUAUCCGUGAAACAAUUUGCUCCCAAUCACAGAUGGCUGGAGACUCUGAAAUGAUACUAAAGAGUCAAAGAAUUUGGCAUUCACGUCAUGAUUAUUGGUUGCUUGCUGGUAUACUUGUUCAUGGAUAUGCCAAUUGGGAUGAUAUACUGGCCGAUCCACGUUUCGUUAUAGUAAAAUUUGGAGUGUCUGGUGUACUAGACGCUAUGAAUAGACUUAUGAAUUCUGAAUUAACAACUGUGCCUGUACGUAUUCCCUCAGACUAUACCGAAUUUCAUGCCUUUUUAACGGAUCGUUUAAAAUUGAUUGAGCAAGCUUUAGUUAUCGAACAAUCUUUAUAUGAAGUUGCUGAAGUUGCUGUUACCAGAAGCACAGACCAGACAUCAUUAGAUUCAGGUCGUAUUAAAGAUGCAGCUGUUAAUUUAUCUAACAAAUUAAUUCUAUCGGAUACCAAUAAAUGUAUUGUUUUACCUAAGGAUUCAAAAGCAAAAGAAGCAACACGUGCAGCGGUUCGUAAUCUUCAGGAUCUACUUGAAGAUAUGUAUGCAGAUCUUCCUGGUAUGCCAGCCUCAUUAAUAAUCAUAGAUGGAUGUAACAGCGAUUCCAAAGCGAAAAACGCGCCAAAUCUAUCGAAUGAAAGUAGGAAUGGUAUGAUUGCUGACACCUCAUCGCAUUUAUCAAACAAUAUACAAACGGAUGCCUAUAAUAAUGGUGACCAUAGUGUGACUAGUGACAAUGAAUUAAUUUCAGGCGAACUAACUCGUUCUUGUAAUGAAAGAGGUGUUGUUGAUUGUCCAAAACUUCUGUCGGAAACAUUCCACCAUAGUUGUGAAGCUGAUAAACUUCAAAGCACAUCUCUGUCCGAUGAGCCCAUAGUUAUUGUAUUGUCCGACGACGAAGAUAGUGUGCAACAAAAUUCUAUUGAGAGUCAAGCGACUGAUCGUUUCAAUCCGGAAAACGACACUACCAAUAAAAAUAAUGCUGGCGAAGUUUGUGUAUUUUCAAACCUACCUAAAACAGUCAGUGGUGGUGGUAACUCUCUGUACUUCACUAGUUGA